GCUUUAGAGCUGAUAGAACCGCCAAGUAAGUUACGUUUCGCAAUGUCACGCUAAGGAAGUUUGAAAACAGUUUGUUCAAACGAAAACUGGAUCGAUUUGAAUGCCGACACACAUGCUGUUAUUUUACGAACCGAGAGUGCGUCGUUUGUUUUUUAAGAGUGUCGUGGUGAUUUGUGAGCCACUGUUAUUACUGUAUAGCUAACGUAAGCCAGCGAAGCCUCAUGUUUUCGUCAAGCCAAGAGGAGCACUGCGCCCCGUCCAAAGACCCAGUCAAAUACGGCGAGCUGGUGGUACUGGGGUACAAUGGCUCUCUGCCCAAUGGAGAUCGGGGUAGACGGAAAAGCAGAUUUGCUCUAUACAAGAGGACCAAAGCCAAUGGUGUUAAGCCGAGCACUGUGCACAUCCUCAACACACCGCAGGAUUGCAAGGCUGUGAACUGCAAAGGCCAACACAGCAUCUCCUACACGCUGUCCAGGAACCAGACGGUGGUGGUGGAGUACAGCCAUGACAAAGACACAGACAUGUUUCAGAUCGGACGUUCCACCGAGAGUCCCAUAGAUUUUGUGGUGACCGACACAGUAGCGGGAGGCCAGGAGGGAGAGGACACCCCCAUCACCCAGAGCACCAUCUCUCGAUUCGCCUGCCGAGUUGUCUGCGAGCGCCACCCGCCCUUCACGGCUCGCAUCUAUGCAGCCGGGUUCGACUCGUCCAAAAACAUCUUCCUCGGGGAGAAAGCAGCAAAGUGGAAAAACCCCGACGGUCACAUGGACGGCCUCACAACCAACGGGGUGCUGGUGAUGCACCCUAAGGGCGGGUUCACCGAGGAGUCCAAGCCCGGCGUCUGGAGGGAGAUAUCGGUUUGUGGCGAUGUGUACACGCUGAGGGAGACCCGCUCGGCGCAGACCCCCGGAAAGCUGGUGGAGAACGAGAGCAACAUCCUGCAGGACGGCUCCCUGGUGGAUCUGUGCGGGGCCACCCUGCUGUGGCGCACGGCGGAGGGCCUCUUCCACACGCCCACCCAGAAGCACCUGGAGGCCCUGCGGCAGGAGAUCAACGCGGCGCGGCCCCAGUGCCCCGUGGGCCUCAACACCCUGGCCUUCCCCAGCAUGCAGCGCAGCCGCGCCCUCUCCUCGCUGGAGGACAAGCAGCCCUGGGUGUACCUGGCGUGCGGCCACGUGCACGGUUACCACAACUGGGGCCACCGCUCGGAGCAGGAGCCCAACGCCCAGCGGGAGUGUCCCAUGUGCCGCAUGGUGGGGCCCUACGUGCCCCUCUGGCUGGGCUGCGAGCCCGCCUUCUACGUGGACACGGGCGCGCCCACGCACGCCUUCGUGCCGUGCGGCCACGUGUGCUCGGAGAAGUCGGUCAAGUACUGGGCGGAGAUCCCCCUGCCGCACGGCACCCACGCUUUCCACGCCGCCUGCCCCUUCUGCGCCACGCAGCUGGGCCUCACGCAGGGCUGCGCCAAGCUGAUCUUCCAGGGCCCGGUGGACUGAGCCGGGG